UUUUGGGAGUCAAACACACCCCGCCAGGCAGCUAGGUAGCCGCUGCCUUUGCUAUGGUCCAUACGUGUGUGGUGGCCGGCUGCAGGAACCGAAGGACUCCCGGCACCAGCCUGUCCUUCUAUCGCUUCCCCCGGGACCCCGAGAGGAAGCAGCGGUGGAUAGCGGCCGUCAACCGCCAGGGCUGGGUCCCCAACGACGGCAGCCGGCUGUGCAGCACGCACUUCAUCUCCGGUAAACAAGUGAAGAACCCUCGUUCACCAGAUUAUGUUCCUUCCAUCUUCACUGCUACUGCCCUCUCUGCUGACAUGAAGGAGCCUGGUCUGUUGGACGUCUCGGACAAGCAGGAAGCCCGCGUGGAGGCGGCCAAUGCCUUGUUGUUCCUGCAGUGCCAGGGGGGGUCUGGACUGGACCGGCCAGGUCCAACGGAGCGUGAGUCCAACAUGGAGGGCAGUGCAUCGUCCUCAAUGAGUGCAGAUGAUGAUGACGACGAUGAGGAUGAUGAGUCUGCGAGUGACGGCAAGGAUGAAACCGCUCUGACUUCUAACGCGUCGGUCAACUUUGACGAUGUCCUCAAGGCGCUGAGGCGAGAGAACCGAGCAUUGAGGGAGUCUGUGGAGAAGAUGUCCCUGUCGGAGAGCUCCCUGAGGAACGACGCAGAGAAGGUAAAGUUCUACACGGGCUUGCCCAACUUCUUUGUGCUGGAGACGGUCAUGCUGCUCCUGGCGCCGCACAUGGACGCCAUCAGGAACGUGAAGUUGUCCAAGUUCCAGCAACUCCUGCUCACGCUCAUGCGUCUUCGCCUGGACCUGCGCAACCAGGACCUGGCCUACCGCUUUGGCGUCAAGGUGGGCACGGUGGUCAGGACUGUGCAUCACAUGGUCAACAUCAUGUCUUCCACACUGGUGCCCACCGCCGUCUUCUGGCCCUCGCGAGCUGAGCUGAGGAAAAACCUUCCCGCCGCCCUGCGCUCUUCCUGCCCUGACUGCGCCGUCAUUGUGGACUGCUUUACCGUGCCGUGUGAGGGCCCGGUUGCCUACGGCAACAAGCCUCAACAAGGUGCGACGGCAGCUUGUAACGUCCUAAAUUACCUGAUUGGAGUGGCCCCACAGGGAGUGGUCACCUUCGUCUCCAGGGGCGUCCUGGGAAACGUUGGCCCCCGCAAUCUGGCCGAGAGCUGCGGAUUUCUGUGCAAGCUUCUCCCGGGCGACGUGGUCCUGGCCAGACGGGAUCUUGACAUCGCCGACGCCGUGGCCGCCCGCGGAGCUCGCUUCGGGAUGGCGGAGGGCGAGCCGCCAACGGGUGGCGCUGCGGCAGAUGUGCAGGGUGUGCGGGCCCACGUGGAGAGGGUGGUGUCCAUGGUGAGGCAGAGGUACGCCAUGCUCACCGGUCCCGUAGAGAGUCCCUUUGCCUCGGCCGCCGAGCGCACGUCCAACAUGUCCACCUUUGACAAGAUCGUACAAGUCGCUUGUGCCUUAAACAACCUCUGCAUCUCUGCUGCGCCACUUGAGUAAAACUUGCAUCAUACUUUCUAAUACUUUGGCCUACUUGUGUAGCUGAAUGAGGACACCAAAAUAUUAGAAACAUGUGUCAGUGUGAAGCAGAACUAUUGACUCUCGAGUGUGCAGAGGGAAGGUGUAGUUUUUCAGGCACUUUUGUAGUACCUCUUUUUUAUUGGACAUCGUAAACGUCUCAUGAAGACAGAAUAGCCAAGCCCGUAACGAGACCUUUACUUUAAAAAAAAAAAAAAGACUAGUUAGAUGUUGGAUAAAAAGUCCAGUGUGCCUUGUUGUUAAGAUGCUUUAAAAAAAAACACUUGAGUUGGUAUGCAAUCUUAAAAUCUUUUUCUCCAAACACACCAAAAUUAAUCGAACAAACACCAAUCUAACUGUGAGGUGGCUCCAUCCAGUGGUGAAUCUGCAGAAGGCACAACGACUUGAUUCUGCCAUUUCCUUAAACCCAAUUUUGCCCUUCAACAUCCACCCAUCCAAUUGUUAUAUAGGACUGUGCCGCACACACCCAGGCUCUGUUGGACAGAAACAGACCUUUUCAUCCCUUGGAGUUUUGUGUGUGGGCCAAAAUUAAUGAAAAUAUUAAUUAAGAUUUGACCAAAUUGAUCAUAUUUGGGCUGAUGAAUUAAGUUGUGAAAUAGCUUAAAUUAUCAGUCUUCAAAGUUCCAUAGAAUUAUUUAAGAUGAGGUUUUACAAUUUAUUUAGUGGAUAAUUUUGAAAAUGUUUUGAAUUUUUUUGUAAAUAUUUAAAAUUAUUUGAUGUAUGAUAUUUUAUAUAUUCUAAUAUUUUAUUGAAUAUUUUCUUAAUAUAUUUACUUUUGGCACACGGAAGAAACAACUCCAUAAUGAAAUGCCUUGCUUGCUGUUAAUUGUCCUAAUGUCAGUUUCAGCUUUUCAACAACAACAUGAACAAUUGUUUCAUCUUUGUUAUAAUCACAACUGAAUUGCGGUUGUAUGUUUUCCCGUGAUCAGGCGAUGCAGAUGAUGAUUGCAGGUUAUUAGCUUGGAGCGUGACGUCACUGCUGGGAGUUUCUCCAUCUUAUUAUUAUUAUUAUUAUUUUGCUAACUAUUUCUGUGUUGUCUUUGUGACUGACAUUUUGAUAAACCCAGGACUUCCUCCUGUACUCACAUAUUUAUUUGUACUCUCCUGUAUUUCUACCUUUUACAAUGUAAAUGAACGCCUUUAUUUUUGCACUGAUUCCUGAGUGGAAGCUGAGAGUUUUUCGGCUUUUAUUGCAAUGAUUGAUUGCUUUGAAAAGAGAAACUUUGGAGUAAGAAAAAGUACUGCUAGCAUUGCUCUUGUUUCUGUAGACACACUAGAACCUGAUGUCUAUAACUUUUGUCACAAGUGAUGAAGUCAAACGGUAUACAACAAACUACUUGGUGGUGUGAAAAAGUGUUUGCCCCCUUUCAUGAUUUUGUAUUUUUUUGCAUUUUUGUCACACUUAACUGUUUCCGAUCAUUUGUCAUUCAGCCACAUUGGAGGCUUUUCCAGCAUGAAGCGCCUUUUUAAGGUCAUGCCACAGCAUCUCAAUAGGAUUCAGGUCAGGACUUGGACUAGGCCACUCCAAAGUCUUCAUCUAUUCAGAGGUGGACUUGCUGGUGUGUUUUGGAUCAUUGUCCUGCUGCAGAACCCAAGUUGCUUUCAGCUUGGGGUCACCAACAGAUGGCCGGACAUUCUCCUUCAGCAGAAUUCAUGCUUCCAUUUAUCACAGCAGGUCUUCCAGGUCCUCAAGCACCAAAACACCCCAAGGCCAUCACACUACCACCACCAUAUUUUACUGUUGGGAUGACGUUCUUUUUCUGAAAUGCGGCUUUACUUUUACGCCAGAUGUGAUGGGACACACAACUUCCAAAAAGUUCAACUUUUGUCUUGGCAGGAUCAAGAAUUCAUCAAAAUUGAGACGAGCCUUAAUAUUCUCUUGGUUCAGCAGUGGUUUUGGUCUUGGAACUCUGCCAUGCAGGCCGUUUUUGCCCAGUGUCUUUCUUAUGGUGGAGUCAUGAACACUGACCUUAACUGAGGCAAGUGAGGCCUGCAGUUCUUUGGAUGUUGCUGUGGGGUCUUUUGUGACCUCUCGGAUGAGUUGUUGCUGUGCUCUUCGGGUCAUUUUGGUUGGCUGGCCACUCCUGGGAAGGUUCACCACUGUUCCAUGUUUUGGCCAUUUGUGGAUAUAGGCUCUCAAAGUGAAAUGGCUUACAACCUGUUCCAGACUGAUGGAUCUCAUCUCAGUAAAGGUAUGUUUUAACAACGAGGGGGCAGGGGAAAUCGUUUUUUCCACACAGUGCCAUCUAGGUUUGGAUUUUUUUUUCUACCUUAGUAAUAAGUUUUAUUUAAAAACUGCAUUUUGUGUUCACUUGUGUUGUCAUUGACUAAUAUUUGAAUUUGUUUGACCUGAAACAUUUAAGUGUGGCAAACAUAAAUAAAUCAGGAAGGGGGCCAACACUUUCACACCACUGUAACUCAUAAAGCCAUUAGGUAAUGUUGCAGUUCCUCAUAUUUUGCACCUCUUUUAUCUUCGAUAAGGUAACCAACAUACUGGGUGCGACUCUCAGUGUGAUAGAGUACAGAAAAAGUACAGAAUUGCUGAUCGAGGUCUUGUUUUCAUUGUACUGCAUUAGGUUGUGCAGGUGUGCCUCAUGAAGUGGUCUGUGAGUGCUUUAUAAAGCACUGUAAAAGUAUAUAUUGUAUAUUUUUAACUUUGUAUAUUAAACUA